CUUUGGAGAUGCGGCGGCCAGAUUUCAUUUCACAUUCAAGAGAACGUGUAAAAAGACUAGAACUGGUAGCAGAGGAGAGAAAAUUGCAGCGUGUCUUUCAGAGAGAACGAGAGAGGCUGUUCAGCCAUCCUACGCACAGAAGUGAUUGGAAACCGAAAGCUGCUAAUUCGGAUGUUGGCAGAGAUAUUGCACUCUUAGAGAAGAAGAGGUCAAUUCCAUGGAAGGAAAUGGUUAGCAGAUCGAAACGAGCUUAUGAUCAGCUUCCAGAAGUGCAACAGAGGCGCAAGGAAGAAAAAAGAAAAGCGGAAUACACAUCAUACCGACUAAAGGCAGAACUCUUUAAAAAGAGAGUCACCAAUCAUGUUUUGGGAAGAAAAACGCCAUGGAAUUGACAGCAUCACCUGUGUUCUGACUGAGAAGCCUUGUGGCCUGUCUUCAUCAUGGAUCGGAUGUCACCGCACACCAUUAAAAAAAAGCUUUUAGCGGUAGUAUCUCACAUGUUUUGCUGGGCAGAAUAUUUGUUUUCUGUUGGAAACUACAAUCCCACAGAGUCACCACUUGAUCCAGAGCCUUUGAGUAUAAAGUUCAUCAGAAUUGGACAUCUCACACAGAAUGUGUUGUAUACUGGGUUUGGCAUUGUCAGCCUGAGUGCUAAAAUGCCUUUUUAGUUCUGCUGUGUAGGUAGAGGGUUAGGUAUAAUGAUGAUUCAGACCUUAUUUGUAAUGAUCCAGGUAAUGCUGGGGAAUCAUGACCUCUCAGCACACUGUUAGCACCAUCUCCUCAUGAGAAUCUCAUCCCCAGAUGAAUCAAAGAGGUGGUUCAUCCAGGUCCCAAGUCCUUUACACAAAAGUAAAUUUCCAAACCAACCAUGUAGCAGGAUUAGCUUAUCAUUCUGCAUUAGUACUGCAACAUAAAACAGCAAGAGUCUUACUGGAAGUGUAUGUUUUUACAUAUUUGACAACCAGGUAGUUCAACUGGCCAGAAAGCUAUGUGUAUUCACAUGUGUUCCUGUUCCAGUAAGUCUAAACUUUUCCUAGUUGUUACCUGGAAGAACUUAUUUCCACCAAUAAAAGUUUAAUUUCUUCAGAACCAUAUACAAAACCUGCUUUCAUGCGGAGCAGUUCUUUACUCGUGUUGGGAGAUGGACUGUCUUACUUGGGUCUAAGACCAGAACCUCCUUUUAGGGGACUGCAAAACUACAUUAUAGCACUGAAGUCUCAAGUUAACUUGAAAGUUGGAAUACAUUGUUAAAUGAAGCUAUCUGAUGCCAACAUUAAAGUCUGGAAUACCCUUUGUAUCUGUAAAUGUCCCUCACUAAGGAAAGUGAACUGGUUGACCUGUGUAGAAGCUGAAAGCUGUUUUUAAUACUAGACUAAUUAGAUGAUAGAAAACUUAAGCUUCAGCUGUGCGAUUAAUUAGGUGAGUGAAAACUUAAGUUUCAGCUGUGCAAUUUCUAACAUAUAUCAUGAUGUAAAAUGAAGGGUUUUUUUUUAUUUUAUCAGUUUUUAGUGUUUGUGACAUUUUAUUCAUCACCCAAACACUCCUUUUAUCGUUAUGUUUGAUUUGGAAUUUCUGCACUAAAUGAAAAUACAACAUUCUCAGGAUGCAGUUACAGAGUAUGUAGGGCAGCAGUAGCAUUAAGCUGUUUCAGGGAAAUCUUUGACUUGGGAGAUUUAUGUGACUCUCUUGUUACAAAAAGCACCAACCUUGCUUGAAGGCCCCCAGUGAAAUAGGAAUGUUUGGGUACAUCUUGUCCUCCUUUAACCUCUACAUGACAUCCACAUACCGAGGCUAAGAUGCAUGUUUGUCUCCAAGAUUCCCAUUCAUUUCUUAAUGCUUAUCCAGUUUGAAUCUCCUUUUAAUGUGUUUCAGUUAGUUAAAAGACAAGUUUUUGAUAUCUAAAAAAGCUUGAACUUUCCAACCUUCCUGCAGUUCUCAGAUCACAAGUCAGGGCCUUUGUGUGUUACUUCAGAGCACGAUCAUCUGUUUUCAUAAGUGCCAGCUCUUCAGCCGCGUAACUGUCAUGUUCAUCUUCCACUGCUUACCAGUGAUAAGAGUAGGCUCAACAUUUGAAAUAUCCAGAGGACUUACCUAGGGAUUCCAGCACACAACAUAAAAGGUUUCUGGUAAGGAAUUCAGAAUCCAGAUUUGAGCCUAGAUCUGGCUUUUCUUUAGUCAGUUUCAUCACCUGUAGCCUCUUAUCCCUUGUAUGUGAAAUUAUUUUUCAUGAAGUCUGAAGUUUCUUUCCCAGUACUCCUCUAGGAUUGUGUAUAAUGUUUAUUUACGGGACAUUCCUGCCUCUUUAGCAGCUGCUAUUAAGAAUGACUUCAAGUGUGGAUGCUGCAUUUCUAUGCUAAACAGAGCAAGAAGUUUCUCCGAAAUAAGAAAUAAGCAGGUCGUUAGUCACAACUGUGUAUUUCUUGGUGUGAAAUUAGACCUGGGGACCAAUUCCCACCCAGCAAGUAGUUGGCUACUAACCAGCAAGGGAUGAGAUGGUCCCAAAGGUCUGCCAUAUCCAUUUUUGGGUCAGUCUUCCCUUGUUCCGAUACUAAACUUUGCUAACUUUUGCAGCAUAUAGGAAUAAGUGACGGAAUGGAUAAUAAAAACAUUUCAGUAGUUAAUUUAGAUAGUGGUAUUAAGUUUUGCACCAGCUUGCCAGUCCCUUGAACUAUCAGUGGUAAACACCGUCCUGAUAUUUAUUUGUCUGAUGUUAUGCUCAAUGCUGAUCAAGCUUUGCAGUCUUUGCCAGUUCCAGUAGAAUAGAUCCCUUACUAUGGCUCAGGUGACUCAAGGUCAGUAGGCAGCUUUGGCACUUGAUGCAGCUAGCAGGGAAAGAUUGUUGUGCUUGUCCUAGGAGAAAGGAGGGGACAGUCUGUGACCAUACAAUGUCACAGUCCAUUGAAGAAAGCCUGGCAUUUCAGAAGGCAGUCGUACAAGUGGAUGUUCAACCACCAAGCCACUUUGGUGGUAGCUCUCCUCUCGUGCACACAGCAGCAGCCAUUAUAGUUCUCUCAGUGAUGUGGGUUGUCCACCCUCCCUAACAUCCAGGCAAGGGGGGGUUAGACCUAACAAAAUACAUCCUUAUUGCUAGAAUGCCCACUAGGGCACAAACCACAACUGAGGUUGCCUGUGUGAUGACCUUCCCUGGCCACCUGUCCUCAUCUGUUUUGAAGAAACAGGAUGAUGGAAACAAGUUGGGCAUGGUUGAUAAGGAGAUACUUGAUGUCAGCAGGUUCAGUAGUAAGAAGCAUAUUAAAAAAAGCUUGCAGCCUGCACUGCUCUGCAACCCCUCCCAGAGGAAGAGUGCCGUAGCUACCCCACAGGUUCAGAUGCUAACAAGAAGGUCUUUUCCUUCUCUACAUCCUUGGCAGUCAUUGAAGAAUCUAGGGCUGAAGGUUUCUGUUCUCCAGACUGACAGGUAUAUCAGUACUUUUCCAGAGGACUUCUUCAGACUCAUAAUAUCCAGUCAAGAGUGACUGAUUGUCUGCUCCUUGCUCUUCCAUUCAGAAGCAUCUUAAUUUUUAUAUUGGGAUUAAAAAAGAGUAACAGUGAAGCUUGUGACUGGUGUUGACACAAUUGCCAUUUGGAAACAUUUAGAUCUUUGUCACCUGACAUCUAAGGCAGUGAUGAGUUACUUUUUCAUUUCUUUUCAAGAAAUGAUUGAAGACCUCCUAAAGAGGGAUGAGGCUCCUUAGAGUUUGCAGUUUAGUCACCCCUUUCCUCCUCUGCUAAGCUUCUUUAGUCAUUUAGAAGCAGAAAAAAAAUAAUGGGCCAAGCAGACCCUAACCGCACCCUUGCCCUCCCCCUAUUCACAUAAAAGUCUGUUAAGCGAAGACUUCAUUUUGUCUCGUGACUUACCUGAUUGUUAUACUCAGGCUGCAUUGGUGGAAAGGUAAUUUUCUAUAUUCUUCUCAGCCUGCAGAGCCAUAACCAAGAAAGGCACUACAGAUGGGUUCUGGAUGUCAUCCUUUAGUAAAACAGCUGCACUCAGAGGAUUUGCUGAGAAACUUCUAAUCGCUGUUUGCUAGAAUCUAUAGAGAUUGUUUUUCAGGGAAACAGGGAGUGAGAGAGUGGUUGGUUGUUGUCCUUCCAUUUCUUUCUGGAUCCCAGAAUGCUAUGAAGAGCAAUUUUGUUAUUUUGAGUCAGCGACUUCAGCCCUAAUUUCAGUUAUGUGCAAUUUGUUGGGGCCUAGAUAUUACUCCUACAGUAUUCAUUUUAAUGGCAUCAUUAAGCAUGUUAUUAUCCAUUUCUCUCCUCUGCCCAUCAGCCGUCAAGCUUCUCCAAGGUUACACUAGCCCAUUUCCUCUUUGGAGAUGAGGAAUGUCCUUCCCAUCCACCAGAGCAAGAGCCUAUACAAGGAACUGUCAUGUGGGCAGACAUCGAAGGGUAUUUGUGCUGUCACUGGCAUUGCAGUGAUGGAGAGCAUUUUUCAGGUAUGUUGACAACUCCCUUCCCAGGCAGUGAUGUGUAUAUCUUCAUCACUGCAAGGACUGCCUAACGCUUGCACCAUUUCAGUGCACGUAUUCUCCCUCACAUACAUGGACAGGAGCAUCUGUCACUAGCUUGGUCAGCCACAUUCCACGUCCAUCCUGAACCAGCUCCUGCUUUUUAUGCUUAUGAGAGCUUGGUCUCAUCACAGCAGAGUAACAGGCAUAGUUGGCCAGGUAACUACUUCCGUCCCAGGGUAGGCACAACCAAUCCACCCUGCCCAAGCCACUAGUCAAGCCCAGGUCACCUGGGUCAUAGUCAGGACUUUCUGUCUAGACCAGUGGCCUGCCUUUAGCUGUGGAUUUAUCGUCUAAUUAUCUUGAACUGUAUUCUUUCUAUAUGGAUGACUCUAUUCAUAGUGUAGAAUCACACCUUUCUGGUUCUCACACACAUUCCUAUUAUCCCCACCUUUGGCAACAUUCAUUGCAGAAAAGUUAAGAUUCAUUCAUGGAAGAACCCGGUUCCUUGUUCUUUUAAUCUUGGCUAUCUCCAGGGGCAUUUCCAGACUUAGAAAUGGAGGCAUCAUUUUUGUGUCUAUGUGACUUGGCUACUGCAGGAGUUUUCUUCAGCCACUAGAUUGUUCAGAUAUACUCAGAGUGUAUUAGAAGUCACUAUAGUGCUUUUUGAGCAGGCUACCAAUGAGACCAGGUGAGAAAUGUUCCUUUUCAAGGUAGAGAGAGAGGCAGCCUGUCCUUCCUCAAACAUUUAGUCUUUAAAUUUGUCUCACAUGUCUCAGGUACCUCUUCGUUCUGCACCAUUAGGGUACAUGCUGUUUUUUUUCCAGCAUACUUUGAUGUGGUGGAAGAAAGAACUCUGACCUAGCAUAGGCUGGUGAAACAGUUUCUGGACAGGAUUGUUCAUCUCUGCACUGUGGUUAGGAAGGCUUUUGCAUCUUGUGACCAGAACGUCAUGUUCAGCUUGUUGCUUUAGACUCUGUGUAGAGUAGCCUGGUCAACAGACCUGCUGUUUGUAUCCUGAAGAAUGAUUUCCCUGAUGACCAUUCAUAAAGGCGGUCUUUUUGUUGUUAUCCAUCUGUCUUUGUUCCUCCCACAAAAUGGACAAAUGAAUCCUUGUUUACUCCUGAAGGUGAUUUUUGAGCUAUCACUUAUUCAACCCAUUCAUGUUCUUCCCAAGGUUGAAAGUAGAAACUGAGUUCUCUGUGCUUUGGAUCUGUACCUUCAGGUGCAGUUUUGCCUGUGUCAGAUCCACAAUCAGAGGCAGGUGGACCAACUGGUUCUUUUCUUUCUUCAGGUCAGGGAGGGUAGUACAUUUGCCGCUCAGAUCCUUCAUCUCCAUUUGUCCCUAGAAGGUUAUUAGCCAUUUGAAGUAAUGUUGAUAGGACUUUCUACCUGUGGAUGGCUGCCUUUCAUGCAUGUUUCAGGAAUGCAUCCAUGGUAUACAUCUGUGCCCUUUCCACCUGGCCAUUGGUUUAUACUUAGCCAAACACUGUAGUUUUUCUGUAGUCCAAAAGCAGAACAUCUUUGAGAUUGCUAUCAUUCAGGGCAUUUUGACCUGAAGCUGUCAUCAUCUGUUUUGCUACCUUAUAUUACUGUGGCAUUUGUUGAGAUUCUGCACAACUGAUUAUUAACCCACUGUAGGCGACACUCUGAUAUAAGAUGCAGCAGAUGCUCUUUAAGCAGGAUGGUCACACUGCGAGCCUCGCUGUCACCAUCCACCCCUUUGCUUGAGAUGUUACAGGUGCUCAUUUUGGCAACAGGACUUCUUGUAAGUAAAUUUAAAUUUAUACCUAAUGUAUCCUUGUCGGUUGUAUAUAUUUUAUAGUCGUAAACUCUGGUUCAAGUGGGAGUCAAGAACUUAGGCUUCUAGGUGUGAGAAGGGGGCAUACACAUCCUGAAUACAAGAGUAUGAGAUUUUUAAAAGAGCAUGUGAUGGCACACAGAGGAUGCACCUAGGUCUCCUGCCCCUACAGAGAAACUUAUCAGGAGCUCAGGAUCCUGUCACUUUUGACAUCAUUCCGGUUAUAUGAGUACAUAUGUCAGUGUAUGAAAAAUGUAGCAUUGUGCCAAAUGUAGAUCACACCUGAAGUGUACAUAUCAUGAGGAUGCUGUCAUGGCAGGUUCCAGACUUUCAAAGAUCACAAUUGAAGAGUUCAUAUUGUGAUGAUACAAUUAUGGCAGGUUCCAGGCUUUCAUAGAACAACUCAGUUUUUUAUGCUCAAUAUUCUGUAUCAUUAGUAUUUGAUAUAUGAUUUUAAGCACUCUAGAAUACUGUAUUUAUUUGAUAUGUGUGAAUAUGUUAAUAAAUAAAAUGUUUUGUACUUUUCUAUGGGUAAACAGAGAUAUUUUUAAUUAUAUUUUUCUACUGAUUUUUCCACUGUUCAUUUUACUUGUGUGUGAUGCAUGUUAAAUUAUUUUAGAGUGUAUUGUAAUUUAUAACUUGUCUGCUUAUCAGUGUGUGCUUUUAUGUGUAUAUCUACAAAUUGGCUUCUUCUGAUUGAUUUUAAUCCAGUCUGGAAAAAUAUACAAAACAAUAAAAUGGUGUUUUUACUUCCUGAUUUUUUAAA